GUGUGGUUUCAGAAUCGCCGGGCCAAAUGGAGAAAAAGAGAACGCUUUGGUCAGAUGCAGCAGGUUCGAACACACUUCUCAACAGCAUAUGAGCUUCCUCUUCUUACACGACCAGAAAAUUAUACACAGAUUCAGAACCCAUCAUGGUUAAGUGGCAGCAGUGCAGCCUCACCAGUGCCUGGCUGUGUGGUACCUUGUGAUACUGUAGCUUCCUGCAUGACCCCUCACCCUCACUCUGCUAGUGGUGUGUCUGAUUUCCUUGGUAUGCCAAGUCCAGUUGGGAACAUAGGACAGACACACAUGGGCAGUCUUUUUGGCAACUCUGGAGUGGGUGGAACCAUUAAUGGAUUUGAUCUCAGUAUCGAACCAGAUCGCAAAUCCUCCAGCAUCACCAGCUUGCGUAUGAAAGCAAGGGAGCACAGCUCUGCAAUCACAUGGGCCACAUGAUGCCUUCAUCUGGGACACAGAAGACCAGACAACCUCAGCCCUAAGCUGUCAGCACUAAUGAGGUGAAUGUUUAUGCCAUCUGGAGCCAAUAUGAACAUGAGAAAUGGAGGCUAGAAGCUUUAAAACACUUGUAGGAGAUUUAAUAUUGAAGUUUUUUUAGAGGAAGUGGAUUGUUCAGAGCUUGAAUGUGUGGA